AGAGAAGCGCCCGCACUCCGUGACCUGCUGCUGCGUAAAAGCUCGCGUGUGCCGAGGUCAGGACGUGUCCCUGAAACAGCAGCAUCCUGCUGCUUUUCUUAGCAAGUGGCACCAGCCCUGCGAGGAGGAGCCUCCCGGAGCCCUCAGAUGCCGGGCACAGCAAGGCACGACCGUGAGAUGGCAAUCCAGGCCAAAAGAAACCUCUCCAAAACCACGGACCCCGUCGAAAGGCUUCGUCUGCAGUGUUUAGCAAGGGGAUCCGCAGGCAUUAAGGGGCUUGGCAGAGUAUUUCGGAUUAUGGAUGAUGACAACAGCAGGACUCUUGAUUUCAAAGAAUUUGUGAAAGGAUUGAACGAUUAUGCUAUGAUGAUAGACAAGGAAGAAGCACAACAGAUUUUCCGGGUAUUUGAUAAAGAUGGUAGUGGGACCAUUGACUUUGAUGAGUUUCUUGUUACACUAAGACCUCCCAUGUCGAAUGCCAGGAAAGAGAUAAUCAUGCAGGCAUUUAGGAAGCUAGAUAAAACUGGAGAUGGUAUCAUAACAAUUGAAGACUUACGGGGGGUUUAUAAUGCCAAGCAUCAUCCUAAAUACCAGAAUGGAGACUGGACAGAAGAUCAAGUGUUUAGGGCCUUUCUAGAUAACUUUGAUUCACCCUAUGACAAGGAUGGGAAGGUCACAACAGAAGAAUUCAUGAACUACUACGCAGGAGUCAGCGCUUCCAUAGACACCGAUGUCUAUUUUAUCGUCAUGAUGAAAAACGCUUGGAAACUCUAAUUGGCAUACCUGUGCUACAGCCUUUCCUUCUCACUGGUCCUGGAUUUACCAAUGUGGAGACUGCUCUACGUACACAGC